AUGGCCGAGCGCUGGCGCUCGAGGGCGCGGCGGGACCCAGACCUGGACGAAGAUGGGUCCCCGCCUUCCCGGCAGCCGCGCCCCGGCGCUGGCGGCGACGACGACGAGCUGGGGAACGAGGACCUCAGCCUGGAGAUCGUCGCGCGCGCGCAGCGGAAGCGGCGCGGGGCGUCCGGCGGCGGGGUGCCCGGGUUCGCCGACCUGCUCUCGGUGUCCUCCGGCGACGAGGAGGUCGACGAGGAUGCCGUGGUGGAGCUCGCUGAGGCGGAUGAGCCCCGGAGGAAGCAGAAGAAGAAGGAGCGCCGGAAGCAGAGGAAGAAGCAUCGGAAGGAGGCGACCGAGGCUGCAGCGGCGGACACCGUAGAGGAGGAAGAGAAGGAGGUUGGUAGCACCCAGGAGGGGCCAAUUGGGACAGCAGAAUCGGUGCUAACUGAAGAUGGGGCUGAUGUCCCUGCAUCUGACAAUAUGGUUCUGCGAAAGCUCCUUCGCAUACCAAGAUACUUUGAUCCUGGGGAAACUUUGUUGGAGACUUGUUUUAAUUGUAGCGAGGAAGGACAUGUAGCUGCAAACUGCCCAAUGGAAAAGCGGAAGAAGCCUUGCUUUGUUUGUGGGCUGUUCGGGCACAAUGCAAAGCAGUGCACGCAGGGUCAAGAUUGUUUCAUCUGCAAAAAAGGAGGCCAUAUGGCGAAAGACUGCCCUGAUAAGCACAAGAGAAAUGAUCAUCAAUUCACAUUAUGUUUAAGAUGUGGAGAAACAGGUCAUGAUAUGUUUGGAUGUACCAGUGAUUACCCACCAGAUGAUAUCGAGCAAAUAAGAUGCUACGUGUGUAAUCAGAAGGGCCAUCUAUGUUGUUCCGACUUCUCUGACAAUUGUCCGAAACAAAUUAGCUGUUAUAAUUGUGCUCAAUGUGGUCAUUCUGGUCUGGGAUGUGCCAAGCAACGCAGGGAAACUAGUGCUGUCACAACUCCAACCUUAUGCUACAAAUGUGGUGAGGAAGGUCACUUCGCACGUGGCUGCACAAAGAAUGCCAAGUCCGAUUGGUCGAAAGGCAAGUCAUCAUCACACAGUCAGAGGAAGGAAAAAUGGACAAAGGAUCCCAGUGCUAGAUCAGCUCCUCAUGAUGCCCGUAAAACAAGCAAAAGGAAAAGCCCCCAUUUUGACGAAAGAAUGGACACAUCUCAUCACAAAUCCAAAUCGAGAGGUGGGUGGACUGGUGGUGAUGAUCUACCAUUUAAGAAGUACAAAUCCAAUGGAUGGGGUUCCGUAUCUACUCCCAAGAAAUCUUACACAAAUCACCAAUUCUUAUCUGGUGAUGACUAUUUCACUCCCCAGUCUUCACGAAGGCACAACCAUGGUACCACGUCACCGAACUCGAAUUAUUCACCCAACACUAAGAAACAUGGUUUCUCAUCAUCAAGAUUCGCCGCCAGCAACACCCAUGUCCGGUUCGGAAGAAGUUAG